UUUCUGGAAGGAUCUCUCGAUGGCAUAUGCUGCUUUCCAAAUUUGACAUUGUUUACACAACACAAAAGGCCAUCAAAGGGCAAGCCAUUGCAGAUCAUUUAGUUGAGCAUGCAGCGAAAGAUUAUGAGCCUAUUGAUUGGGAUUUUCUUGAUGAAGACAUUUUGGUAGUGGAGGCAAAAUCUGAGUCGGAUAAUUGGAGGCUCUUCUUUGAUGGAGUUGUUAACUAGCUUGGUUGUGGCCUUGGAGCCAUAUUGGUAUCCCCAAAGGGUGAUCAUUUUCCUAUUACUAUAAAACUUGAUUUUACUU